AUGGACAAGUCGACGGGUCCCGUGACGCCGACAAAGGCGCUCCUCAGGCGCAUCCAUCGACGCAGCUCGGUCCUACCUCCUGGCGAGGCACCGCCGCCGCCGCUGCCCUCAGCCUUCACCGCACCGGCCACCGCCGCCGCCGCCGCCUCGUCCUCCAAAACAGGCCGUCGUAUCUCGUCUCAGCUCCAACGGGAUCCACCCGUGAUCGAGGCCGAGGCCGAGCACCGUGGCAAGGGCGAUGCAGACAAGACGGAACACGACAAAGACGGUGAGGACGAGGACGAGGACGAGGCCGUGUGGAAAGAGGUCGGACAGCUCCUCGACACCGUCCAGAUGCAAAACGAACGCAUCCUCGACCUCGACAAGCGCAACAGGGAGCUCGAGCGCGAGCUGGCAAACGAGAGGGAUAAGGCCAAGGCCGCACGAGAGCGGUCCGACAAGGGACUGACGAGGCUGUCGGCCAUCAAGGUGGAGCGCGAAUUCCUCAGCCAGGAGAUGAUCCUCAAGGGCCUGCAGCGCGACAACGAGGACAAGACGCUCGAGGUCGAGAACCUGCGGCGCCGGCUCAAGAUCAUGUCCGACUUUCUCGCCCACACCUACGGCGACGACGACUGGCAGGGCGUCGUGGCGGCCGGCGUGGGCGUCUCGUCGCUGCCCGCGGUGCCCCAUGGCGGGCUGCCGUCGCGCAGCCCGGAAAAGGACGUCAAGGACCCGUUUGGCGGCGCAUCCGCCAUCGCCCGCGUCUUUGACAACGCCAGCGCCAGCCCGCUGGCCAAGUCGAGGCCGCCGGCCUUUGCGGCGCGCCUCGGCAGCCAGGCGCUGCAGCAGCAGGGCGGCAACCCGUUUGCACCCCCGGAUCCGUCAUCGUCCCGGACGCCGCUCAAGCACAAGCACGCCGGGAGCGGCAGCGGGAGCGGGAGUGGCGCCGGCGCCAGGCCGCCAGCGGCGACCAACAACGACGACGUCGUGAUCCCCACCGUCGCACGGAUGCACUCGCCGCUCGCCAGUCCCGCCAAAGCGGGCUUCGACGUGUCCCUGGGUCCGGCCGACUUUUUCGAUGCCGCCGAGGAAGCCGCGGCCGAGGAGGCCGAAGCGGCAGCGGCGACGGCGGGAGGCCUCGAUCCCGCUGCAUCGAACGCGGGCAGGCCGGGCGCACACCGAGCUACGGCGGCGGCGGCGGCGGCGGCGGGUGGUGGUGGGGCCGAUCGACGAACCCGAUUUCGACCCGGCCGUGGUGCUAGCUUCGAUUGA